CUCUUUUCCUAUCACAAUUCUCUUUCGAUCCACAAUUUUAUCAAGAUGGCCGACCAAGCCACUCGUCGAUCCAAGAGGCUUGCAGAGAAAACUCCAAGCAAAGAAGGCUUGAAGUCACCUCCAAAGCGCUCUCAGGUCAGCCAGGGUGUUAAGAAGCAGCCCCAGUCGCAGAAUGAUUCCCCUUCCCGUCCCUCGUCAAGACAACAAUCGGUUUCUGGAUUGUCGUUUGUAUCAACUAGAUCAAGUCUGGGCGACUUCAUCAGCCCUGAUACGUUCGCCGCCAAGCAGAGAGCAGGAUCCCGAGACUCUCUUGAUCUGCUUACACGCAGGCAAGGCAUGUUUGGCCGGAACUCAGAAGACAGAGCAUUCCUUGCGGCCAGAGCUCAAGAUGUUCCUAGCCAAGAUCCGAGGCGCAGAGACGUGUCCAUGAACCCCAUUUUUGAGGGACAGUCCGUCGAUGUAGCCGAGCAGAAGUUGGUAUCAAUUCAGAAGGCCAAAGAUGCCUAUAUCCGUCGUCCUGACUUGGACCCCGAUCAACCAUUACCCUCUGUUGAGUCGAGUACUCAAACAGGACAACUAUCUCGUCCUUAUCAGACCGUCAGAGACCCUAUAGCCACAUUUCCUCCAGUACCAUCCCACAAGACUGUUUGGUCAAAUCUCCUCAUUGAAAACUCGCGUCAGAACUUCAAUACAAGUAUCAUCAGACGACGACCUGUUGGGCCGUGGCCUGAAGGCUACUACCACGCCUCAGGCAGUCUGAGAGAUGACCGCCAAGUCCUAGACAGAUUUCCCUGGCCUGCUAUCACCUAUUGAGCACGUACCUCAUGGGUGGUACUGGUCUACAUUGGCCUUGAACAUGUGGAAUCUGGACAAGCUCAUUGACAAUCUCGAAUGGAAUGUGGACUCCA